CUUAUGGCUGCAUUUCAUGUUUUAAGCGAAUGCUACGGGGCGGUAUGGCGCUGUUCCUUUUUGCGCUUGCCGGCUGACCGCUUACCUUCGUGUCGAGGGCUUUCCCAUGGCAACCAAUUUGUCCAGUGAGCUUGUCGUGUACUUCGGCGCACUUGAGACACAGAGAGGAGUUGACCACGAUGACGAUGACUGCGUUCAAGUCUGGGGAAGGAGCGGUUCCAGAAUUCAGAUAAACAUGGAUUCAUAUGAUUUCCCUUCACAUGAUGCAAUCUCUCAAAUCCUCCAGGAGUAUCUUCAACUCAAAAGUCCCAAAACUCAAACCAGGACAGAGUCUGUACCACAAAAAAAGGCUAACUCUCAACUGAACCGAACGUUUGAUGUGAAUUUAGCACACAAAAGUCCUCCAGCGUCUGAUUUAAAAGAUGAGUCCCAUAAUGGCGAAGUCAGUGAACAUCAAACUAAGGAGCUGGAAAACUACAGUGCGGCUCUGCAUAAGAUGGCGGAGGACAUGAUCGGCUUGCGAUCUCAAAUGAGGGUUUUGGAGUCUGAAAACAGUGAUCUGCGACGGGAACUCUCUCUGCAUCAGGACCUGGGACGAACGCUGCUGGAUGAUACCGACGUCGACGUCAUGACCAACACUGAGAUCGCUGACCGCAUUGCCUCUCUGAAGUUCAAGCUGUCCAGUGAAAGCAGCAAAGCAUCCGCCAUGAAGGACAGAAUCCAACAGCUUCAAAACGAGCUCAUCAAGAAGAAUGACAUUGAGAAAGAGUUUGUCCAGUUGCAAAGAGCACAUCAACAGCAGCAGGCUGUGUUAAAACGAUACCAGACCCGUGACAAGAAAAUAACUGCACUGGAGGAUACAGUUCGCCAACAAGAAAAGCAGGUCAUUGAGAAGAUGGAGAAAUUAUUGGAUGCAAAUCUGAAGGAAAGAAGAAAAGGCAAUUCAGAGAAGAAGAAAGCAGCCAUGAAACAAAAAGAUGAAGAGGAGAAGAGAAGAGAGAUCGAGUCUGUGUUUGUGGCAGAAAACUCUCGACUCAGAGAAGAGCUGGAUAGGCUGUGUAAUCUCCCUCCACCAAUCAUCAUUCAACAGCCUGCGCAGUCCUUAUAUCAGCCUUUCUCAGACAGUGAGAAACUGGAAUUACUGACACAACUGGCGAGAGCUGAGGGUCAAAUCCAGACACUGGAGCAGCAGCUAAAAGAGAAUGCCAAACUGUGGGGGAAAGAGAAACAAGAGAUGUUGACACGAGUCAGUGAAUAUGAACGUGGAUUUGCUCGGACUUCAGCCAUGAUUCUUCAUGAUCUACCUGUGGAGAUAAGUGUGACUGAUUCUGUAUUGGGACACACUCAGCUGAGGCAGCUGGAACCUCUGAAGUGACAACAGUGUGUGUAUUUUCUUUACAAUACCUUAUUUCAAGUGACUUAUUAGAACAAUAAAAAAAACAAUAGAGCAAUUCAA